UUCCAGAAUAUUGAACUCAGUCACAUUGGAGCUCAGUCGUGCUUUUGUGUGUAUAAGAAGAGAGCAAAUUUGUUUCAAUUUUUUUUACUGAUAUUUUGUACAUCAAAUUAAAUCAAUUAAACAUCAUAGAUUUUGUGUUCUGAAGAAAAUAAAAACUAAAACUAUGAAUUGGCUUGGAAAAGCGUUGACUGCAAUUCUGGAUUCUGAGCGUAACACCGAUUGUAAAUUUAUCAUCAAUGAUAAGGUCUAUUUAGGCCAUAAAUUGAUCUUCUCGUGUGCGUCCGAAGUCUUUGAGCGCAUGUGCUAUGGAAACUUUACCGAGGGAACGACUGGAGAGAUUAAGCUAACAGACGUGGAGCCCGCAACUUUCGUAAUGUCCAUUAUAGAAAUUUUUAGGUGUGAACUUUUCAAAAGAGAUUAAGUCGAGAAAUAAUUCCUUAUGGGAUUGAAUUUCGGGUUUAUCAUUCAAAUUAAGGUAUUUUUCAAUAAGUUGAAAGCGGUCCAGCUCGGGAAUACA